CACAACAUAGUCCACUACCUUAAAAUGUUCCUAAAUUCUCUCCCUCUUCUUAGUUAACAAACUCUCAUUUUUCACUUUACUUCUCUUUUUAAGUCCAAAAUCAUUUUCUCAAAACAAUACUUUUCACUUACUAGAACUCCCCAUAGAAAAUCCAAACAUGGUUUCCAUUUUCAAUGCCUCCAACUCACUUUUCCUUUGCUUUAUUCUUUUCUCUGCCUCACAAUUUUUGGUUAUCAAUUGUGCUGAAUUUGAAGUUGGAGGUAGAGUUGGUUGGGUUGUCCCUACCUCAAAAGACUCCGAUGAAAUGUAUAACCAAUGGGCUUCACAAAAUCGAUUCAAAAUCGAUGACACUAUUCAUUUCAAGUACGAUAAAGACUCGGUGAUGAUGGUGAGUGAAGAAGAAUAUGAAAAGUGUAAAUCGGAUCGUCCACUCUUUUUCGAAAACAAUGGGAACACAGUUUACAAAUUUGAACGACCGGGAAUGUUCUACUUCAUUAGUGGAGUUAGUGGUCAUUGUACAAGAGGACAGAAAAUGGUGAUCAAGGUUUUGGAUAUUCGACCAAUUACAGCACCAUCACCACAAUCUGCAAAUGAGACUGCACCCAUAGCACACUCUAAAGCUACUCAAAUGAAUCCUAUUAGUGUCACAGCAUUCACACUCUUUGUUCUUUCAUUUCUUGGCAUGCUUUAUGUUUGAAGCAUUACUAAUUAUUAGUCUUUUAGGUUAGUUUAUGAGUAUGGUUUAAUUCUAGGUGUUUUGUUUUGUUUUGUUGAGUAUUUAGGUGUUUGGUUAAUUUGUUGGUUUAGA